AUGGACGAUCCGACCACAAAAGAGUCAGCUGAUGACAAUGAGGAGAACGCAAUAGACAGCAAGAGUGGCUCGCUUAGGCAUGGCCGUGGCUCAGCGCCUGAUCCUUACCCUCACGAGCUUGUUCCUGGCCAUAAUACGGCCAUCUGGUCUCCAGCGCGAAAGCAUGAGGUCAAAACUGAGAGCCAAAAACAGGCUGAUUGUCAUAGAGCAUUCAGAACGAGCAAUUAUGAAGAUUCCAAGAAUAUCAAUGCUGAACGAAUACCGGGCACAUGCAAUUGGGUGUUGCAGCACACCUUAUACAGAGAAUGGCAGCAGAGCCGUCAGGAUGAUGUCCUUUGGAUCUUGGGAGACCCAGGCUGUGGAAAAUCUGUACUAGCCAAAGCCAUUGUUGACGAGCAAUUACAACAUUCGAACCAGCAUACGGUGUGCUACUUCUUCUUCAAAUUCAACGAUAAUCAAAACAACCUUGCGACAGCCUUAUGUGCCCUUCUUCAUCAGCUUUUCGACUAUCAACCCCUCCUUCUCCGCCAUGCUAUGAAUGCUUUCCAAAAGACCGGAACGCAAUUGCAGACAGAGACUGACGAGCUGUGGCGUAUCUUCACGGCGGCUGGUACAGACGAUCAAGCAGUCAAUAUCACUUGUGUUAUAGACGCUCUAGACGAGUGCUGCGACAAUGACCUGGGAAAACUCAUCCAGUUCCUAGCAAGCUUCUAUUAUAACCAACGAACAGCGUCUACAAGGAAUUUUCAGCUCAAGUUCCUUGUGACUAGUCGAGCGUGGCACGUUAUUGAAAAUGAGUUUCUCGGCAUACCUACGAUCCGGCUUACUAGCGAAGAGAGCAAUGAUGAUAUCAGUAAGGAAAUCAACUUCGUUCUUCGACACAAGGUAGCCAUAGCCGGACGCAGAUAUGGACUGAGUCAGGAAGUACAAGACGUGUUGCGAGAGAAACUCUCAUUUCCGCAUCGAUCAGGACUCGAGCUGCACCUUGUAAUGAAUGUGGUGGAUGAAAUUCUCGACAACCAGGCGUGGCCAAAAAUGGCUUCCAUCAAGACGACCAAUACUCUCUCAACAAAAGUGGAAGAUGCCUACGAUAACGUAUCUAGCCGCCUUGAAUCCCACCAACGAAGAGAGGCGGAGGCUUUCGUCAGGGAACUUGGCUUAGACUCACUCUGGCCGUAUGCUUUGCGCGAAAGUCGUAUGCAGUUCCAACUUGCACCAUUAGACGCCAGCACAGAUUUUACCGAAAGCUACGGAAUUUCCAAUGUGGUUAGUGACAAAACCAGCGGAGAUCUUGUCUCUACCAAGCCAUCGUCGCUUGAAGAAGACAUCAAUCUCGUUGACGAAGACAAUCCAACAAGACAGAUGGCUAAGACUUUCUAUAAUCACACACCUAUCGAAAGUAACCGAUAUGUUGCCGACGACGAAAUCAGAUCCCUUGCAUCAGAACCUGAAGAUAUUCAGUCACAGGAUGGAACAAAUUCUAGUCGCUGGGAAGUCAGAAAAGCCGCAGCAAGCUACUUGGCUGAAAUGUUGACUGAUGAUGCAACCCUUCGCCCCUUAUAUGAAGAAGCGUCCAAACGUUUGGAUGAUGAACGAUUUUCUCGAAAUCAUGGACGUUUGCUCAAACGGUAUUACCUGUCACUGCGCUCACAAGCUGCAAACCGAAAACAUAGCGUAGCGGUUAAUUUCCUCAGACCAAGAUCUAACAGAACACUGGUCUCGCGAAAGGUUCUCGAGAGCACAGGAAGGGAAAGGGUUCACCUAACAUUGCCUCAACAUGACGAGCGGAACUUGACUUUGGAACGCUUUCUUAACAGCGUCGAAGUGGGCCCGGAUGCAAUCACUGCAGAAGUUGAAAUGCCUCUGGAUAUUGAUGAGGAACAAGAAAGCUCUGUAGAUGGAGACGACCAAGAUGGCCUUGACCUCGUUGAUCUUGAGAAUGCCAGAAGCUAUUUCACCUCCGGAACAUCACUAACGCAAUUCAAAGCCGAGUUCCGAGACUUCCUUCACCUCCCCCGCAUGGCCGUGGAAGAGGCGCAGACACAAACGCAGGGACAAACGGACCCGGAGCCAGGGCGGGGGGGCAAUGCCAAGUCGCACGAAUGGUUCUAUAGCGUUGGCUUUUGGCAAAGCAAACUAACUUCCUGGCUUUACGAUACGUUUUAUCCACCAAAAUCGGGGUAUCAAAGAGUUCGGUACAUCUGUGUAGGUGGCUAA